UCUUUACCUAAUUUCUCUGCAGCGUCGCAGUGACCGCGAAGAGAUACGUCGACGUUUGGCCAUGGGUUCGGAGGAACACAACCAGGAAUCCAAGGAGCGAAAUGCUUGGAAGACGGGCAUACAGACAAGAUUAGCAAACGCACAGUUGGGUCGCUUAAAUGAUCCCUCAUCGGACACCGAAAGCCAUAGUUCAGACUCAGAGACGUGCCCGAAAUUAUCCAAAGCUAGACAAGUGGAUAAUAUGAGUGCACUUAAUAUAUCCCUGGCCGACAAACCCACCUACCCAAAUGCAGGUAGUGGACACGCCUCAAUUUCGUCACUCAGCUCCGCGGCUGCGGCCAACAAAUAUCAAACACAACAACAAAUGCAACGUUCACAAAGCAAACAACAAAGUUUCCAAACGACAAUGUCUGCGUUCAGCAGUGAAGAUUUGGAGUGUGAUUUCUUCACCAAGCAAGCCAAGCUGCAGAUUGAAGCACGCAUGGCAUUGGCACAAGCCAAAGAGAUGGCUCACAUGCAAAUGGAGAUUGAGCGACAAAAUCGACGCGUAUCACCGAUUACCGAUAUCAUACGUGUUUCGCUGCGUAAGGUGGGCGUCCAAAUGACCGCCGAUAAACGUCGUGUCUCGCGACAAAUGCUAACCGAUAUGAAUAUAGCGCAACUCCAAAUACUCGUCAAUAGUCUGCACACACAUAUUGAAGAGCUAAAUGAGUCACUAGUGCAUAAUCUAAUGGAACGGGAUGAUCUGCAUGUCUCACAAGACUCCAUGCUGGUGGAUAUUGAAGAGCUUACGAGAUAUAUUGGAGCUAACGAGCAUCUUGCACAACGGUAUAAAAACCAAAAUCCCUACAAUCACAACUAAAGCCAUACCUACAUACAUACAUACAUACCAACAAAUAUUCACAAAUGUAUACUACAAUACUCGUACUAGUUGGGGUCUUGGAAAGCAAUGGAAGGAAACCUAAGAACUUGAAGCAAAGCAAAUGAUAUACAUACAUACAUAUAAAUUAAAGUUAUAUUUAAUUAUAUACUUAUAGUUACAUACA